CGGAACCCGGGCGACUGGGGCCGAGGCGCGCGUCUCCGGGCGCGGGGUUCCUCCACGCAGCCUCCCAUUCAAAAGAUGCCGAAGGGGCGGCGCGGCAGCCAGAGCCCCACCAUGAGCCAGCGGCCGGCCCCGCCCCUCUACUUCCCCUCCCUCUACGACCGCGGCAUCUCCUCGUCCCCGCUCAGCGACUUCAACAUCUGGAAGAAGCUCUUCGUGCCGCUGAAGGCGGGCGGGGCGGGGGCGGGGGCGGGGCGGCCCCUGCCCCAGGCGCCCCCGGUCCCGGCGCCCCCGCCGCCGCCCCCCGGCCUGGGGCCCCCCAGCGAGCGCCCCUGGCCCCCGCCCUGGCCCUCCGGCCUGGCCUCCAUCCCCUACGAGCCUCUGCGCUUCUUCUACUCGCCGCCGCCGGGGCCCGAGGGGGCUGCCUCGCCCCUGGCUCCCGGGCCCACGGCCCCCCGGCUCGCCGCCGCCUCCCACCCCGAGGAGUUAUGCGAGCUGGAGAUCCGGAUUAAGGAGCUGGAGCUGCUCACCAUCACUGGCGACGGCUUCGACUCCCAGCGCUAUAAAUUCUUGCAGGCACUGAAAGAUGAAAAGUUACAAGGACUGAAGACGAGGCAGCCCGGAAAGAAGUCGGCCCCUCUCUCCUGAGGAGCUGCCCACCAGCGCCUGGGCAGCUGCCUCCUUAGGUGUUAGCGCAUAGAUAAUGUGUCCCUUUGGUUGUCAUUUCAAAGAUCGUUAUUUUCUGUUCUGUA